GCAACCGCAGCCGCCUCCUCCUCCUCCAUCCUGGCCUGCGGCGACCUCACCCUCAAUUAUCCCACUAAUCCUCCGUCUCAAUUGCUUUGCUAUUCCCAGUAUGCCAUAACAGAUCAAGAUCCCAAUUUCCAAGAGAGCAAUGGAUCCUCAGGACCAAGGCGAGGCUAUGACAGAGAACAAGACAGGCAUGUUGGCGCUACUGCCAGACGACAUGCUAGCGAACAUACUCCGACGCCUCCCGCCACGGGGUCUCGCCAUGUCCAGGUGCGUCUGCAAGUCUUGGCUCGCCGUCAUCAACGCUCACCGCUUGCUACGGGCGGAUCUCCUCCCCUUGUCGUUGGCUGGGUUCUUCAUGAACUUCGACAACUUCUACAUCUCGGAGUUCUUAACACCCCGCUCGGACAUCCCCUCCAUAUCUGGCAAGCAGGACUACCUGCCUAAGGCCGGUUCCCUUUCCUGGGGCUACAUAGACGGCCACUGCAAUGGUCUUGUGCUGGUCAAUAGCUAUGACAACAACGGCGACAAGAACCGUUAUGUGCUUAAUCCGGCAACUCGAUGGUUGGCUCCCUUGCCCCCAUGCCCACCCCCACCUAUGGAGAUCAAGGGUACCUUCCAAGUUGAGUACCUCGCGUAUGAUCCGACUGAGUCAAUAGACUUCGAGUUUGAGGUGGUCUCAAUUACCCAUUUUGGUCGGAUGCGCAAGCCUGGAGAUACACAUGACCAUGAGAUAGAACAAUCCGAGUGGCCACCGUCGGUAUUCAUCUUAGAUGUGUUCUCAUCGACGACUAGACAGUGGGAGGAAAGGUCUUUUGCUCAAGAAGGUAAUUCUUCCAUGGGGACCGUAGCUGGCAUGAGGCAGAAUUGGCCAAGCGACCGACAGAAUGCUGUGUACUUGCGAGGAGCACUGUAUGUACAUCUUCAAAAUGAUUGUGUUAUGAGAAUAUCUUUGUCAAAUGAUAAGUAUACCGUGAUUAAACCACCACUGGGUAUUGAAGUUGAAGACUAUCCAAAAAUUUAUCUAGGGAAGUCAUUGAUCACGAUCUGGAAGCAUCUGCAGAUGAGAGAAUUGAAUGGUCCCUACAAGCUUCUGAAGAUGAGAAAUUUACAUGGAGCUCUGAUGAUGAAUAUGGAUGCUAUGGUGGGUACAUGGAGAUUAUUGGUUUUCAUCCAUGGAAAGAAAUUAUCUUCUUGA